AUGGGCUGGUCAUUUUGUGGCGAAGACGCGAAUGUCAACUCCUACAGCGUGGACGAGGGCGUGCUCAACAAUGGCUGCUUCGUGGACGCUCUCAACCUGGUGCCCCACGUCUUCCUGCUCUUCAUCACCUUCCCCAUCCUCUUCAUUGGUUGGGGCAGUCAGAGCUCCAAAGUCCAGAUCCAUCACAACACAUGGCUUCACUUCCCCGGACACAACAUGAGAUGGAUCCUCACCUUCUCGCUGUUGUUCGUCCACGUCUGCGAGUUUGCAGAGGGAAUCGUCUCCAACAAACCGAUGGAGACCGUUCACCUCCAUCUCUUCAUGCCGGCCUUCAUGGGUUUCAUAGCAGCCACAACAUCAGUGGUUUACUACCACAAUAUAGAGACAUCCAACUUCCCCAAACUGCUGCUCGUCCUGUUCAUCUACUGGGUGUUGGCGUUCGUCACAAAGUCCAUUAAGCUGUGGAAGUUUGCAGAACACAAAGUUGGACCACAGCAUCUGAGGUUCUGCAUCACUGCCCUGCUGGUGAUCCUGUAUGGACUGCUGAUGGCCGUGGAGAUCAACGUCAUAAGAAUCAGGAAAUACGUGUUCUUUGCCAACCCCCAGAAGGUGAAACCUCCAGAAGAUCUGCAGGAUUUGGGGGUUCGCUUUCUGCAGCCGUUUGUCAACCUGCUGUCCAAGGCAACAUAUUGGUGGAUGAAUCCUCUCAUCAUGGGAGCCCACAAGAGGCCCAUAGAGCUGAAGAAGAUCGGCAAGCUGCCCAUCGCCAUGCGAGCCCUCACCAACUACCUUCGGCUGAAAGACGCCUACGAGGAUCAGAGGACCGCCGAGGACCCGAACCGCGCCCCGUCAAUCUGGCGCUCCAUGUAUCGAGCGUUCGGCCGUCCCAUCCUGCUCAGCAGCACCUUCCGCUACCUGGCCGACCUGCUGGGCUUCGCGGGGCCGCUCUGCAUCUCCGGCAUCGUAAAGUACCUCCAGCCUGGCGAGGCUAACAAGACACAGGGAAUCGACAAGGCCAAUGGGACAUAUUUCGGCGUGUACUUCAUGUCUUCCACUGAGCUGCUGCAGGACACCUCAGUCCUGGCUGUGCUUCUCUUCCUGGCGUUGGUCCUACAGAGGACCUUCCUGCAGGCCUCGUACUACGUCACCAUAGAAACCGGCAUCAACCUGCGAGGAGCCCUGCUGGCGAUGAUUUACAACAAAAUGCUGCGUCUGUCCACCUCCAACAUGUCCAUGGGGGAGAUGACGCUUGGGCAGAUCAACAACCUGGUUGCCAUAGAGACUAACCAGCUGAUGUGGUUCCUCUUCCUCUGCCCCAACCUGUGGGCCAUGCCUGUACAGAUCGUGAUGGGAGUGAUUCUGCUCUACUAUUUGUUGGGCUGGAGUGCUUUGGUUGGAGCUUCCGUCAUAGUCCUGCUGGCUCCGGUCCAGUACCUCAUAGCUACGAAGCUGGCAGACACACAGAAAAGCUCACUAGAGCACUCUACGGAUCGUCUGAAAAAGACCACGGAGAUCUUAAAGGGCAUAAAGCUGCUGAAGCUGUACGCCUGGGAGAACAUCUUCUGUGACAGCGUGGAGGACACCAGAGGAAAAGAGCUCACCAGCCUCAAGACCUUCGCUCUCUACACGUCCAUGUCCAUUUUCAUGAAUGCUGCUAUUCCCAUUGCUGCCGUUCUUGCGACGUUUGUGAUGCAUCACUUCCUGGAUAAAACCAGUCCCACUCCUUCUGAGGCCUUCGCAGCUCUGGCCUUGUUCCACAUCCUGGUCACCCCUCUCUUCCUGCUCUCCACUGUGGUCAGAUUUGCUGUCAAGGCGCUGGUCAGCGUCCAGAAGCUCGGAGAGUUUCUCCAGGGUGACGAAAUUGGAGACGACAGCUGGAGAAAUGGAGACAUGUCCGUUUCCAUGGAAGCAGGGAAAAAAAACGUUGGGGGGACCAAAGCCAUCAACAGGAAGCAGCCGAUGCGCUACCAGAUGGACAACUACGAGCAGCCGACCAGGCGACAGAUGAGACCCACGGAGACGGAGGAUGUGGCCGUGAAGGUGAGCAAUGGAUUCUUCACCUGGGGAAGCAACCUGUCCACACUGUCAGACAUCAACAUCCGCAUCCCCACAGGUCAGCUGACUAUGAUUGUAGGUCAGGUGGGUUGUGGGAAAUCCUCCCUGCUGCUGGCCAUGCUUGGCGAGAUGCAGAAUAUCGACGGAAGAGUCUACUGGAGCAACAAGAACAGAUACUCUGUGGCCUACGCUACCCAGAAGUCCUGGCUGCUCAAUGCUACAGUGGAGGAAAACAUCACCUUUGGAAGCCCUUUCAAUAAACAGAGGUACAAGACCGUGAUAGACGCCUGCUCUCUGCAGCCAGACAUCGACCUGCUGCCCUUUGGAGACCAAACUGAGAUUGGAGAGAGGGGCAUCAACCUGAGUGGCGGUCAGAGACAGAGAAUCUGUGUGGCCAGAGCGCUCUACCAGAACACCAACAUCGUCUUCUUGGACGACCCCUUCUCAGCGCUGGACAUCCACCUCAGCGAUCACCUGAUGCAGGAGGGAAUCCUCAAGUUCCUGCAGGACGACAAGCGGACCGUAGUCCUGGUGACCCAUAAACUGCAGUACCUCAUCCAUGCAGACUGGAUUAUAGCGAUGAAGGACGGCUCUGUGCUGAGAGAAGGAACUCUGAAGGACAUUCAGACUUAUGACAUCGAGCUUUAUGAUCACUGGAAGACCCUGAUGAACAGACAGGACCACGGACUGGAGAAGGACGUACAGCAGGACAGUCAAACCACACUAGAGAGGAAAACACUGAGGAGAGCGUUCUACUCCAGAGAGGCCAAGAACCAAAUGGACGACGAGGACGAAGAGGAAGAAGAGGAGGAAGAAGAUGACGACAACAUGUCCACAACCACCAACAGAAGGUCAAAGAUCCCAUGGAGGGUGUGCUGGUGUUACAUGUCCUCUGGUGGCUUCUUCAUGGUCUUCCUCAUGGUGUCCUCCAAGCUUCUCAAGCACUCUGUCAUCGUUGCCAUCGACUACUGGUUGGCCAAAUGGACUUCUUCCAAAACCAAGGUCAUUGUUGGUAUCACCGGCAACGCCACAAGUCCCAGUUAUCUUGAGGACCAGAACGACUCCUACUACCUGCAGGUGUUUAUCAUCCUGUGUGCGGCCGGGAUCACGUUGUGCCUCAUCACCUCGCUCACUGUGGAGUUUCUGGGUCUUUCUGCAGCCACCAACCUGCACCACAACCUGCUCAACAAGAUCAUCCACGCUCCCAUCAGGUUCUUUGACAUCACUCCUCUGGGGCAAAUCCUCAACAGAUUCUCAGCUGACACCAACAUCAUCGAUCAGCACAUUCCUCCAACACUGGAGUCCCUGACGAGGUCCACGCUGCUCUGUUUGUCGGCCAUCGGGGUCAUCUCCAUCAUCACUCCGAUUUUCAUCAUCGCCUUGGUUCCUCUGGCGGUGGCCUUCUACUUCAUCCAGAAGUACUUCCGGGUGGCUUCAAAGGACCUUCAGGAUUUGGACGACUCCACACAGCUUCCUCUGCUCUGCCACUUCUCUGAGACCGCUGAAGGUCUCACCACAAUAAGAGCAUUCAGACACGAGGCUCGUUUUAAACAGCGAAUGCUGGAGCUCACAGACACCAACAACACGGCCUACCUGUUUCUGUCGGCUGCCAACCGCUGGCUGGAGGUCCGAACGGAUUACCUCGGAGCAGUGAUAGUGCUGGCAGCAGCAGGAGCCUCCAUAUGGACUUCACACAUCGGUCUUCAUUCUGGUAACGUGGGCCUCGCACUCACGUACGCCCUCACGGUCACCAACUACCUGAACUGGGUUGUGAGGAACCUGGCAGACCUGGAAGUCCAGAUGGCGGCCGUGAAGAAGGUCAACAGCUUCCUGGGCACCGAGUCGGAGAACUACGAGGGAUCUAUGGACGCCUCUCAGGUGCCCGAGAACUGGCCCCAAGAGGGCGAGAUCAAGAUCCAGGACCUGUGUGUGCGCUACGACCCCAUGCUCAAACCGGUGCUCAAACACGUCAACAUGUACAUCGAGCCCGGCCAGAAGGUGGGAAUCUGCGGUCGCACUGGCAGCGGAAAGUCCUCGCUGUCGUUGGCCUUUUUCAACAUGGUGGACAUUUUUGAAGGGAAGAUCGUGAUUGAUGGGAUCGACAUCUGUAAGCUUCCUCUGCAGACGCUCAGAUCCAGACUCUCCAUCAUCCUCCAGGAUCCCGUGUUAUUCAGCGGAUCGAUAAGGUUUAACCUCGAUCCAGAGCGGACGUGCACCGAUGAUCGACUCUGGGAGGCGCUGGAGAUCGCUCAGCUGAAGAACAUGGUGAAAGCGCUGCCUGGAGGACUAGACGCUGUCGUGACCGAAGGUGGAGAGAACUUCAGCGUCGGUCAGAGGCAGCUCUUCUGUCUGGCUCGAGCUUUCGUCAGAAAGAGCAGCAUCCUCAUCAUGGACGAGGCUACAGCCUCUAUAGACAUGGCCACGGAGAACAUCCUACAAAAAGUUGUGAUGACAGCGUUUGCAGACAGAACGGUCGUUACAAUCGCACACCGCGUCCACACCAUCCUAACAGCCGACCUGGUCAUCGUGAUGAAGCGAGGGAACAUUUUGGAGUACGACAAACCCGAGACUCUUUUGGAGCAGGAGGACGGGAUGUUUGCUUCGUUCGUCAGGGCCGACAUGUAAAACACACAAGUCAGUCAGCAAUGGCCGACAACUGACGGACGGAUCAGUUGGUUGAUCUACUUCUUUCUUUUGUUCCAUGUAGAGUUGUUUUCUUAAGGAGGCGGACAGACCUCUGUGACACUACAACACUCUAGUGAAGCCAAUAAUGUGUGUCUUGAAUUCAAUGGAUGAACAGAUCCAGAAACAGUAUCAAUCACCAGUUGAUAUAUUUGAAAAGUUUUACUUGAAUCAUUCAGUCAGUCAGCCAAUUAAAUACUGCCUUUUUGUUUUUAAGAAAUGACAUGUAGAAACACCAAAUAUGAUUUUAAUUACAAACCAGUUACCAAGUUCAUCAAUAAAUGUAUCCAAUUUUCAUAUUGGAAGGUAGCAAACACACAUAUCAAGAUAAUCAAUGGAUAAAUUAUUUAUUACUGACCUUUUAAGCAAACAGUAUUAAGAGUUAGUUAAAAAUAUUGUUUUUGUUUUUUUCUCACUAAAUAGCUUAUUUUUCAUGGUAAUGG